AUGUGUAAUACUUUAAGACAACCUACAAUAACCAAAAUAAAAGAUGAUUGGAUUGCUUAAUUUAUAAAAUAAAAAAAUCUAAUUAAUGGUCUAAUCUAAGAACACCUAAAUGAAAUACAAAAUAAGAGGGCAUAUAUGAUCAAUUUUAAAAUAAAUAUUUUUUUAAGGGGAGGAGGAUGCGGAAAUACUAAGAUUCCUUAAGUGAAAUUAGGAAAACUUUAAGACUAAUUUCCACCAAAUUUUGCUAUGAAUUUAAAAUUAUUCACGGAUACAAUAUCUGAAAAAUCAUUCCUGUUUUAGGAUAAAUUACAUUAGGAUGAAGUGCUUUCUGCAUUUUAAUGGUUUUACAAUAAUAAAGAAUAUUUUUAAAUUAUCUGUAAUGAUGAUUCAAUAAAUUCAAAAUUUUAUCAUCUAAUAGAAAAAAGUGCAGAGAUAUUGUUAAAAUCACUUAUAGUUUACAUUAAAUUAUCUGGGUUUUUAUUUCAUUAAUUGCUUGAAAUUUGUAAUGAUCUUUUUAGAGUGAUUUUUUCAUAUUAAUUAAAAAAUGAAGAGAGAUAUAUGCAAGAAAGUUUAAAAUAAAGUUUACUUGAAAUUAUAACAGAAAUAGAAAGCUAAAUGAGUGUUGAAUCAAUGAAUAUUUAAAAAAGUGGAGUUGAAUAAGAAAUUUAGCUUAUUAAAACAUGUUUAGCACAUUGUCGAACUAAUUCCGAAUAAGAAAAAGAAAUAGUAAUUUCAAUAUUAUGUGGUGCAGCAAGUUCUAUUUCAGAAUUAAAGCCUAGUGAAGAAUUAAUAAAUUCUCUAAUUGAAGCAGGUAAAUUUUUACUUCUUAAUUUUUAUGAUAAAUAAAUCUAACAUCCUUUGUAAAAAUAUGAAAUUUAUUAUUUUUUUGAGAAUCUUAAAUGGUCAAUUAUACAUUAAUUGAAAUUAGGAUUUUCUGUUUAGAAAACAAUUAAUCCGUUAAUAGAAGGAUAUAAUUUAUAUAUUAAAUAAUCUUAAGAUUGGAUGAUACAUGCUUGUUGGAUCAAAUUCAUAUCUGAUUUAAUGGCAUAUCGACCUGUGAUAAAUAAGAUAUAAAUAUACUAAACCUAUAAAUCUGAAUAAAUAAUAUGGAAUUAAUUAAUACUUACAAAUUAAAUUAUUUAACUACCAUAUGAUAAAUCCUCUGGAAAACUCUAAAUUUUUGGGAAGAAAAAUUCUUUAUUAUUGAAAUAAUUUAAAUAAUUAAUACUAUUUUAGGAGUAUUUACUUGAUAUAUAGGAACAAUUUUAUUUAUUUCCUGCUUAUUCACACUUUUAAUUUGACAAUUAAUUAUAAGGAUAGGUUGAUAAUGAUGAAUUUCUUAUUAAAUUAUUACUUAGUGAGUCUACUUUAGAAACAAUAUCUAUAUUAAACAAUUUUCUAAAAACAUCCUCUGAAGAAUUAACAAAUCAUUUUGAUUCUAUUAAUUAAUAAUAUUGUUAAACGAAUAAAUUUAUUUAUUCAAGUAAAGUAAAUGAUAGAAUUUAAAGAGAUGAUAUUUCAUAUAUGAUAAAAUAAAUUAAAAUACAUCAGAAAUCUUUAUUCUUUAAUUUAUAUGAAUUAAAUAUUCUCGUUAAUCAAGAUAGAGAGUACACUAUUACAACAUUAAAUAUUUUGAAAUAAAAUCAAUAAUUUUUUAAAGAAAAUACAUUAAAAUCAUAAAUAAUUUUAUUAUAGAAGAUUAAUUAAUUAGAAGAAUAAUAUACAAAGAACUAUCAAGUUAAUGUAGAAAAAUUUCCAUCAUUUUUUAUUUAGAUCUUUCAUUAAUUGUCAUUAUAUCAAGUGGAUUCUUUUUUUACUGUUGAUUUAUAAAAUAUAAACUUUAAAGAGAUUCAUUUUGAUUAGAAAUAAUUUAUUGAAACAGUUCAGAAUCUUAAUAAAUUUUUAGAAAAAUACAUAAGUGAUUCAAAAUCUAUAAAGCAAUAAUUUUCAAAGAUUUGCAUAUCAAAGGAAAUAAAAAAUUAUUUUGAUCAAAAAAUAUCAUUAAAAGACUAAUCUCAAACUUUAAUUAAUAUUUAUAAUUUGAAUAUGAUUUAGAAAUUAGCAAGAGAAUUCUAUGAUUAAUAUUCAAAGUUCGAGAGCCAGUAAAAUAUAACAAAUAAUACAUAAGUUGAUCUUAGGCUAAAUUUACUUUGGUGUAAUUAGAUUAUAAAAGUUUUAUAAAUUUUCAAAAUGCUUUUUGAACUUCAAUAAAAGAAAAUUUUAUCUCUCAAAAAACAAAGUCAAGAUGGAAUUUCAAAGGAGAUUUGUUAAGAUUUAAAAGAAUCUUUUAAUUAUAAUAAUAUUAAAAGCUUUUUGGAAAAUCUAAUUGCUGAGAAAAAGGCUCUUUUUCUUAAUUUACUUAAUGAAAAUAAGGAGAUUGGAUAUCAAGUAAUAGAAUUAAAUAAUUUAUAAGAAAUAAGUUUAUCAAUAAAUGAAGGUAUUGAUGCAAUUUAAUAAUAAAAUUGGCCUGAUGAUUUUAAAUAAAUUUAAAUCCUGGUGUUUUAAGAAGUGAAAAAUAAAAUCCAAAUCUUGGAAUUAUUAAAAAAGAAUUAAAAAUAACUCAUUCUUGAAAUCCUUUAACUUUUUGAUAGAUAAAAAGAGUCAUUAAGUUAAGAAAAAUAAUUAGAUCAAUCUUAGAUCUAAUUGAUGAGUAAAACAAAUGAAAAGAUUUAAUCAUAAAAUUAGACCAUUUUUGAUUUGUUAAUUUCCCAAAAUUUAUUUAAUUGGGAAGAACAAAAUUAAUAAAUACAAGAUUUAUUAUAAAGUGUAAAAAAAAUUUAGACGAUCAUCAAAUAAAAAAAUUCAAACUUUUAAUAAACUUAAGUGUAAUUUAGCAAAGCUAUUUAUGAAAUUAUUGGAGAUUCAUUUAAUAAAAACUUUAUAGAGAUUUAUUCAGAUAUGAGCACAGAAUUGAAUAAUUUUCUUAUAAAGAUUUGUGAAUAAAAGUAAACUAUUUUUAAUGAUAGCUUUUAAUCUUAAUUGUCAGAAAAACCAUAUUUUACCCAAAUGCUCACAUUAUAGAUAAUUUUUUAAGACUCUUAGUCAUUCUUAUAAUAAAACUUAAUAUCUAAUCAAGAAUAAUCUAAAGAAAAAGCUUACACAUUCAUGUUAGAGGAAUUAAAAAAAGAAAAUUGUAAAGAAUAAGGAAAUGACCUUGCAGCAAUUUUUGAAGAAUCUUCAUACAAAGUUCGAGAGGCAGUAGUUUUUAAUUUAAUUAAAUUAUAAUCAAUAAUUUAAGAAUUUGCAAUAUAGGAUUUUUGUUAAAAUAUAUUGAAAUAAAUAUGGAUGAUUGAAAAGCAUACAAGUGUGAGAAAUAUAUUAAAGAAUAAAGAAAUGAUUGAAAUGUAAAAAUAAUUAUUUUCUAAAGACUUGUCAAAUUUUACAAAUAAAUUAAAAAUAGAAAUGUAGAAUAAGUUAAAAAAAUUGGAAUAGUUAGAAACCUAAGUUCUUAUAAGUGAAAAUAAAGUAGAAUUAAAAAAUUAACUUUAAUAAGCUUAUGAAGAUUUUGAAACAUAUUUAGACAAUGUUUCAGAUAUGUCAUAGAAAAUGGAUAUUAGUUUGAUCUUCUUAAGAGAAAUAAGGAAAGAUUUGAAAUCAAUAAAAAGUUCGAUAGAUUAGAUUCUUUUAAGUAUGAAAGGUAUAGAAGAUGAUUUAAGAAGAUUAAGUGGAAAAGAUUUUAGAGAAUUAUUAUAGAUAAGAAAGGAUAAGAUUUUGAAAUAAAAAUAGGAAGCUGAAUUGGAUUAAGUUCAUAUUUAAUUUAACACCUAGGAAUUUGAUCCUUUAACAGGGAAGAAAAAAGAUAAUGGAUUUGGAAAUUUAUAAUCGCAUUUAAUUUCAAAAUAGUACAACAAUUAUGAAGGUGAAGUAAAUGAAUUCUUAUGGAGUGAUGGAGAACAAUAUAAAGAUGUUAUGUUAUUAAAAGGUAAAGCAGGUUCUGGUAAGAGUAGAGCAUCUAGAAAUAUAGAAGAGUUUUUAUGGAUUAAUGAAUUAACAACUCCUUAAUGGAUUCCUAUCUUUGUUUCACUACCAUCUUUAAAGAAUCCAAAACAUAAUCUAAUUGAAUAAGCUUUAGAAUCUUAAAAUUAUAAUUUUGAUAAAAUUUAAAUUAGAGAAUUUAAAGAAGCUAUUAUAAAUGGAAAUCUAAAAGUAGUUUUUAUUUUAGAAAGUUAUGAUGAAAUGUAAAUUGAAUUAAUUUAGACUAAUUUGUAUUAAACUAAUAGAUUUUCAAAUGACUUAAAUCUUUAAAUAUCAGGUUAAAAUGUGAAAUUUAUAAUAACAACAAGAGAAGAGAUUUUAACAACAAUUGGAUAUUAAACAUGGUUUUAUGGUAAGAAUCUUGAAACAUUAAAAGAGGUUGAGUUAUUACCAUUUAAUUAUGAUCAAAGCUCUGAAUAUAUAAAAUAAUAUUCUGAAGUAAGUGUGAAAAGAACAGUUAAAAAGUAUUAUGAAUUUCUUAAGUAAUUAAAAUCUCAAAAUUUUUCUCUUAAUGAAUUUAAGUUUAUUUGGAAUUCUUUAGAUGAUUGUAUAAACAUAAUUAUAAAUUAAAAAUAAGAUCAAGAUAUGUUAUUUUAAUCAUAAGAUGUAGAUAAAAUAAUUUAAAAGCUUCUAACUAUAGAGUUCUUUAAUUAUAUUAGAGCAGAUUAAAUGAUUUAGUUAAGAAAAGAACUUCUAUAAUUAUGGAGUUAAUAGAAAUUCUCUUAAGUAAUUAAUAAUGUUAGUAUUAAUCAUUUAAUGAGUACUCCAUUUAUGAUGGAAAUAAUUGUUUAUGUAUUGCCAAAGAUGUCGUCUACAUUUUCAGAAUCUAAUUUUUUAAGAGAAACUUUAAAAUAAAAAUAUUUUUAACUAAAAAAAGAAUCUUUUAAACAAGAUUUAUUAAUUGAAAAAUAUCAAAGCAAAAGAAACAUUGUGGAAGCUACAGAUGUUUAAUUGGAUCAAGAUGAAUUAAGUUAGAAAAUUGAUAAAAAGUUAUUAGAACACUUUUUUUAAUUGAUAGAAGAAUUAGAAAGUUAAAACUUUUUUGAAAACUAUUCAAUUUCUUAUCCAAUUGAUUUUUUGGAUAAUAAUAGAAUAAUGUUAGGGAAAGUGUACAAUGUAACAAAUGAUGCAAAUUUUAUAGUGUCAGCAUUCAAAUUAAAUUAAUUAACUGCAUAUGAUUUUUAUGAAACAUUUUCAUAAUUUUAUCAUAUGUAAUAACUUUAAAAAUGGAAAGAAUUAGGGAAAACUUUCAAUUAUGAUACAACUUUAAUAGAUUUACAUGAUUUCUCAAUGUAUUUAGCUCUUGAUAUGACUACAUAUGAACUUGUUCAAGUUGAUUAUAAAUAGAAGGGAAUCUUAUCAUUAGCAUAAGCUUUAUAGGAAGGUAAAAAACAGGGUUCUUGGGAAGAUUAAUACUUUGAUCAAAAUUAACCUAAUUCAGAAUAUUAUGAUUUUCUUAAAAAAUGUAUGUUAUUGAGAGCAAGAGGAACCAUUCAUUCUUUUAGCCAUAAAUCAAUAUAAGAGUUUUUUGUAGCUAAAUAUAUCUUUAAUUUACUCAAUAAAGUAUUUGUUUAAGAAUCUAAUUGUAUAUUAAUCAAAAAUAGUAGAUUCAACUAAGAUUAAUUUAAUAUUUCUCUAGACCAUUUUCAAGGAGCAAUAGAAUUAUUAAAGUCUAAAUUAAAAUAAAUUUUGGAUAUUAAAAACAAGUUGAUAUUAAUUAUUUAAUCUAGUGAAGAUAAUUUAGUACGAACAUAAUCUAAUAUAAUGUACUUAUUAUGUUCUUUGAAAGAAAAUUUAAAUAAUACUCAUUUAAGCAAUAUAUGUCUCUCCAAUACUAAAUUAAAUGGUUUAAAUUUUUUUGAAUGCAACCUUAAUAAUACUAGAUUUAAUAAAGUUUCAAUAGAUUCUUGUAAUUUUAAUUGUGCCACAAUUCAAAAUGCAAUUUGGGAAAAUUUGAUUUGUAAAGAGAAACCAACUUUAAUUGGUCUUGAUUAAAUAACAAGCAUAUAAUUCACAAAAGAUGGAUAGAACUUGAUUUCAGGAAGCAAAGAUGGAAAUAUCAGUAUUUGGUAAGUUUCUGAAAUAAAAUAACUUAAAAGAUUUCAAUUAUCAAAUGAUGCUCAAGUAAUUUCUACCUCACUUUCUGAAGAAACAAGUCUUUUAGCAUGUUUAUCAAAUCACUCCAUUUAAUUAUUCAAUAGUAAAGAACUUAAAUUAGAAAAUUAUUAGCCUUUGAUAAAUUAUGAUUAUAAAAAGGUUAUGUUAUCUUCUGAUGGAUAAUAUAUUGCUGCACUAACAUAAACUCUUAAAAUUUAUUUUUGGAAAAUACAAUCAUUAUAAAAUUAAUGCUAAACUUAGAAUUAGAUUUUUAAAUUAAAAUUUAAGAUAAAAUGCCUUGCAAUUUCACAAAGCACAAAACUAUUGGCUAUAGGUGGGUCUUAAGUUAUUAUAUUAUCUAUUAAUAAUUUAUCAGAAUAGUAAUAAAUUGCAUCAUUACCAAAUACUGCUUAAUCAUUGGCUUUUUCAUUGAAUGAAUAAAUUCUGGCUGUGGCAGAUGAGAAUAAUAAUAUUAAUUUUUGGAAUUUAAUAAACAAAAAUUAAAUUGAAAUACAUUUUUCUAUUUAAUUAUCAUAAGUUGCAAAAAAACUUUAAUACUCUUCAAAUGGUUAAUACUUUAUUUUAAGAGAUGAUGACUCUAUCAUACUAUUUUAAACUGCAUAAAUCAUUUCAAAAUUAGAUUUAAAAAGGGAAACUAUUUAUAAAAAUUAUUCAAAAAAGCCUUGGUAGAAAGAUUUUGAUAUUUCUAAAAAUUCUUAGUUCUUAGCUAUUGCUACUACAUAAGGUAUAAUUAUACACAAUUUAGAAUCAAAUUAAAUCAUAACAACAAUCGAAUAAGAAGAUGAAUAUAAUUAAGUGCAAUUUGCUUAAGAUGAUGAAUUAUUGAUUUUUUCAGCAAGUUGGAAUCGUCUUAUUCAAGUCUACAAUGUCAAAAACAUUGAUAAUAUGAUAAAAUUGUAAACAAUCACAUUACCCUUUAAAACACUUUAAGUCUGUUAUUUAUAGAAUUCAAAAUAACUACUUAUUCGCAAUACUCAAUUUCUUACAUUACAUAGUUUAUAAAAUUGUGAAUACUUUAAAAUGAUUUAGAUAUAGAAAUCUGAUAAUUAUUCUAAUUUUAUAUUGAUCAAUUAAGAUUAUUUUGGUAUAAUUAUGGAUGAUCAAAUUUGUUUUAAAUCCCUUAAUGACACAGUAGAUGUUGAUUUUAUUUUAAAUUAUGAAAAAAAUGAGUUAUUGCACAACAAAUUUUGUUCAGACGGAAUAACAUUUUCAGUAAUUUAUAAUCGAGAUUGUUAUACUAAAUAUAAUAUUUAGACUAGGAAGAUUAUUAAAUAAGAAAAAUUGCAGGUGAAUAAAAUAAAGUCUAUUUUUGUGAAUAAUCAAGAAACAUUAUGUAUAAUAAUAUAGAAGUAGGAAAAUGGAGUAAAAUUGUUAUUAUUUGAUCUUUAGUUAAAUAAAGCUAUUUAAAAUUUUGAAGACAGUAAGAACACUAACCACUCUUGUAUAUUAGCAUAAUUUUUUCCUGAUGGAUUUAUUUUUGUUACUGGAUAUUCAAAUGGCUUAAUUAAAUUAUGGGAUACUAAAACAUGCAAACUAUUAUCUAUGUUUUAAAGCAACACUUCUUCUAUAAAUCUUAUUUCAAUUUCUAAAUAAGGUAUUCUUGCACAAGUAAAUUAGAGAAAAAUAUAGUUAUGGAACACAAAAGCUCUCUUAUAAUAACAAUUUGAAAUAGAUGAUCAUUCUGAUUCAAUUUAAUGUUUUGCAAUUUCUCCUGAUGGUUUAUAAUUAAUUUCUAGUUCAAAUUCAGAAAUUAUUCGUUAUGAUUUAUAAGAUUUAAAGUAAAUUGAUGUACUUUUAAGAGCAUCAAAUCUUCCAUCAAUAAUACAAUUUUCAUAAGACUCUCGUUACUUCGCUGCUCUUGAUUAGGAUAAUCAAAUUAAUAUUUGGAAAAUUAAUACAAAAUAUAUAAUUGAAAGACGCUUUAAAUUACUAUUUUCUCCUUGUAUUAAUUUCACCUUCUAAAAUAAUUUAAUAAUAUCUCAACAUGUUUCCAAAUUGUUUCUUACUUGGAAUCUAGAUUAAAUAUCUUAAAAAUUAGUAAAUUAUAACAAUAAAUUAAAAAAUUAACUUUUAGAAACUAAUAUCUUUUCUCCAAACUUAAAAUUUUAUGUAUCUAAUUCUCCUUUUCAAAUAGUAAAUAUUGGAUAAAAUAAAAAUUAGGAAAAGAUUGAAAGUCCAAAUUUAAAUUUAUAAUCUAAGCUUGGUGUAAUUUCGAUCUCAAAAGAUUCAACAAAAAUCGCUUUUGAAGAUUUAACAAUCUAAAUUAUUAUUUGGUCAUUAUUAACAAAAUAAUAAAUAGCUAUUUUGAAAGAUGAGGAAACUUACGAUUUUACAAUAUUAUCUAUGACAUUUUCAGGAGAUUCUAAAUUAUUAUUUUCUAUACAUGCUGAUGAAUUUUAUAGAAUUUGGAAUUUAUGUGAUAAUUAAACAACUUUAAUUUAAAAAACCUUAUUAAUGGAAAGUCUAUAAUGUUUCAGUUUGAGUGUAAUUUAGGUACAUUCUCACAAAAUUGAUGAUUUUUUAAUUUUAUGGUCAUAAAAACAAAUUUAAGAAAGUGAUGAAUAUGAAUAAUUAUGUUUUUCUUACCAUAAAGUAAAGGAACCAAAAAUUCUUUAAUCUAACUUACUUACAGAGUCAGAUUCUUAUGAAGGAUAUGAAGAGCGAAAGAAUUUUUUAAUUAAUUUUAGUGUUGCUUAUUCUGAAAAUAAAUAAUUAUUAGCUGUUUAAAGAAUGACUUAUUUGACAGUCUUUGACCUUGUUAAAUAAGAAGAAAUGUUUGUUUUUGAAGGCAAUUCAUUAAGAAAGUCAAAUAUUUCAACAAUAUUGUUGUUCAUCAAUGAUGAUUAAACUUUAUUAGGUUUAGGAAGAGAUCAUAUAUUAAGAUAUUGGGACUUUAAAGGAAAUAUUAAGAUAAAUUUAAAAUAAAAAGUACCUGCUAAAGCAUUUCAUUAUAACAAAAUUUCUUAAUUUAUAAAAGUUCUUGGAUAAGAUAAUUUAGUUUAUUAGUAUUUAAUUGAGGAUUUUACAGAAAUCUGCUAGUUUUCUAAUAUACAAAGUUUAUCUUCCUAAGAAUCAAAUAAUAAUAAAUCAACUAAUAUCUUUGAUUACUAAAUAGAAGAUUAAGAUAGCAUUUGUAUAAAUAUAAUUGAUAAAAGUACUAAAGAAGUCAAGUAUUUUUUAUUAAAUUAAUUUUCAUCUGAAAUUAAUUGUCUAAUUUUUUCUAGGGAUCAAAAACAUUUUAUUCUAGGAAUGAAGGAUGGCUCUGUAUGGAUUUACACUAAAAUAGACAAAUUCACUGAACAAAAAUAUGGAAAAUUAAUAUGUGUUAAAGUUUUUGGAAAAAGUCCAUUAUUAUAAACAGAUAGUUGCAAUGUCAAUAGUUCAAAAUUUUUUACCCUUGAUAAUGAAAAUUUAAUAGGGCUCUUCAUGUAAAAGGGUGCAAUUUCAUCUUAUUGA